GUGAAGGAUCACAAUGUCUUUAUGUUUUAAUAAUGUUCUUUCAGCUCUCUGCCAGAGGAUCAGUCCAGGUGUGCAGUGUGUCACCAGGUGCUGAGGGAUCCAGUCUCUAUCACCUGUGGACACCGGUUCUGCAGACAGUGCAUCACCAGAUACUGGGAGAAACCUGCUCCUUCAGGAGACUAUGACUGUCCUCAGAGUAGAAAGAGCUCCAGAACACGUCCUGUACUACAGCACCUGAGUGAACCCAAUGAUGCAAGAGGCUCUGAAAAUAUGGACGACAACCUGCAGAGAGCUAUAGUAAACCACAAAGACAGUCUGAAAAGGAGGUAUGAAUGUGUAAUAGGCAUUGAAAAAGCAGGGAAUCAAAGUCCCCUCAACAGGAUUUACACAGAGCUUUACAUCACAGAGGGAAAGCUUGAAGGGUUUAACAAUGAACAUGAGGUGUGGCAGCUAGAGACAGCAUCCAGGACACCAACCUCACAUGACACAGCAAUCCACUGCAAUGACAUCUUUAAACCCUUACCUGGCCAAGAGAGAAGCAUCAGAACCGUGCUGACGAAGGGCAUCGCUGGCAUCGGGAAAACUGUCUCUGUGCAGAAGUUCAUCCUAGACUGGGCUGAAGGGAAGGCAAACCAAGAUGUGGAUAUCAUGUUUGUUCUUCCUUUCCGGGAGCUGAACUUGAUUAAAGAUCGACAGUACACUCUUCUUGGACUUCUAAAUUAUUUCCACACAGAACUAGACAUAGGCAAUGCAAAGAAACUCACUGCUUGUAAAGCUAUGUUCAUCUUGGAUGGUUUGGAUCAAAGCGGACUUUCAUUGGAUUUCCAGCGCAACAAAAAGGUGUCUGAUGUCACACAGACAUCAUCUGUCGAUGUCCUGCUUACAAACCUCAUCAAGGGGAAUCUGCUUCCCUCUGCUCUCCUUUGGAUAACCUCCCGACCAGCAGCAACCAAUCAGAUCCCCCCUGAGUGUGUUGACCAGGUGACAGAGGUACUAGGGUUCAAUGACUCACAGAAGGAGGAGUACUUCAGGAAGAGAUUCAGUGAUGAGGACCUGGCCAGCAGAAUCAUCUCACACAUAAAAACAUCACGGAGCCUCUACAUUAUGUGCCACAUUCCAGUGUUCUGUUGGAUUUCUGCAACCGUCCUUGAACACAUGUUGAUUACAGACAAGAGCAGAGAGAUGCCCACGACUCUGACUGAGAUGUCCAUACACUUCCUGCUCAUUCAGACCAGCCUGAAGAACCAGAAGUAUCAUGGAAGAGAUGAGAUGGAUCAAGAGGAGCUUGUGGAGUCAGAUAAGGAAAUUCUUCUGAAGCUGGGGAAGCUGGCGUUUAAAAAUCUGGAGAAGGGUAAUCUCAUGUUCUAUGAAGAAGACCUGAAAGAGUGUGGCAUUGAUGUCAAAGAAGCCUCAGUGUCCUCAGGAUUGUGCAAACAAAUCUUUAAAGAAGAGUCUGUGUUCUUUCAGAGAGUGGUGUACUGCUUUGUUCAUCUGAGCAUUCAGGAGUUUCUCUCAGCUGUCUACAUAUACCAUUGUUACACAACCAAGAAAAUGGAUGCACUGAAGCCCUUCCUCAAGAGAAAGUCUAGAGCUGCGUCUGAAGAGCUAACCUUGGAUGACCUGCUGAAGAGUGCUGUGGAUAAAGCCUUGAAGAGUAAGAAUGGACACCUGGACCUUUUUGUCCGCUUCCUUCAUGGCAUGUCACUGGAGUCCAAUCAGAAACUCCUACGAGGUCUGGUGACACAGACAGAAAGCAGUCCAGAGAGCGUCCAGAAAACGAUCCGAUCCCUUAAGGUGAUGCAGAAGAACAUCUCCCCUGAGAGGUGGAUCAAUCUCUUCCACUGCCUGAUAGAGAUGAAAGACCAUUCAGUACAGGAGGAAAUCCAAGCAUACUGGAGGUCAGAGAACACAUCUAAAAUCCUCACACUUGCUCACUGUUCAGCGCUGGCCUACAUGUUGCAGAUAUCAGAGGUGGUUCUGGAUGUGUUUGACCUGAAGGAAUACAAGACGUCAGAGGAGGGUCGUAGGAGACUGCUCCCAGCUGUGAGGCACUGCAGGAAAGCUCUACUCACUGACUGUCACUUCUCAGACACGUUAUGUGAAGUGUUGGCUUCAGUUCUCAGCUCAAACUCCUCACAUCUGGUAGAGCUGGAUCUGAAUGAAUGUUAUGGCCUGACGGAUUCAGGAGUGAAACUGCUCUCUGCUGGACUGGGGAAUCCACAAUGUAAACUGGAGACUCUGAGACUCACUGACUGUGAACUCACAGACACGUCCUGUGAAGUUUUGGCCUCAGCUCUCAGCUCAAACCCCUCACACCUGAGAGAGCUGGAUCUGAGUAACAAUGACCUGAAGGAUUCAGGAGUGAAGCUCCUCUCUGCUGGACUGGGGAAUCCCCACUCUAAACUGGAGACUCUGAGACUCACUGGCUGUAAACUCAUAGAAGCAUCUUGUGAAGUGUUGGCUUCAGUUCUCAGCUCAAACCCCUCACACCUGAGAGAGCUGGAUCUGAGUAACAAUGACCUGAAGGAUUCAGGAGUGAAGCUCCUCUCUGUUGUACUGGGGUAUCCCCACUGUAAACUGGAGACUCUGAGCUUGUCGCUCUGUGGAGUCGAAGAGGAAGGCUGUGCUUCUCUGGUCUCAGCUUUGAGGUCAAACCCUUCACACCUGAAAGAGCUGGACCUGAGUAACAAUCGCCCAGGAGACUCAGGAGUCAGACUGCUCUCUGCUGGACUGGAAGAUCCACACUGGAGACUGGAGAAACUCAAGUAUGUAGAGGGUGGUCCCUGUGUCAAACACAACAUGAUGUUUAACUCUAAUCAGGGUCAUGUUCAGUAA